GCUAACAAGAACUUUAGAGAUACUGUGCGGCAGUAUUUGAAUCCCAGAAUCCGCGCUCGUUAUUUAAGAUUCGUUCCUGUCUCCUGGAAAAAGUGGAUCUGUAUGAGAGUGGAAGUGUUCGGCUGUGAUGCUGGUGAAUCGCUUCAAGAUAAACUGGAAAAGAAACUCCUCGAGAUAAACAAAGAACGCGUGGAAUAUGUUUUGGCAACGCCUGGGAUUAUGAAGAAUCCCUAUCGUGAAGACAUGAACAUUUACUACAUGAGGGACGUAAUACAAUGUGGCAAGCCACCUAAAUAUGGCCAUGGAGUCAUGUGGCAAAACCACCACUAUCUCAGGGAAAUCCUCGAUUUUAAGCAAACUGUCUGGGUACAGAAAACUUUUAAUAACGAGUUCAGUGCGUCAGGACGGAACGUUCUGUUUCUGGAUGAACGGCGAACCCUUAAAACAAGAUCCGGCAGACAUUUUAUAUGCAAGGGAAAACUACGAGACGGCACAGAAAUCUAUCGGCACCACGUGAUAACCGCUAAAAUUGGUAUGUGUUGCUUUAAGCCAUUUCGUGGUUUUCUACCAGCGCCAUGGGUUAAAACGCCUACAAAGUUUGACUCUGUUCCUUUUAUACAUCAGGGAAGUAAAAACCUUUGGACCCCUACACUGGUGGCUGCUACUUGGAAAAGAGAAUCAUCAACCAAUCAGGGACCGGCUAAGAACUACGUUGUGGUGGGAGGGACUUGGUUUAGCACCAGAAUCUUCAGAGUCUUUUCUUUUUCAGAGGUACCUCAGAUCAUCGUACAGGAAAGAGUGGACCAGGCGUAUGAUGGUGGAAAACCCGUAUGGGGAAAGCCUGCAAUCGUUUAUGCCAGCGGUUCAGUGGCAUCAAUUGGUGUGAUUGUCUUUGGAAUACCUCAACUCAUGAUCGCACUCCCGAGGAGCUAUAUCAAAGACCGUGGAUGGAUCAUGUCAUAUUUGGGACCUGUUAUUAACGACACUAAAAGGCACGUACGAUGCGCGAGACUUGCAAUGAUGAAAGGAUUCGAUCACUUCUCCUGGAAUCAAGACCAGUGUUACUCGUCUUAUGCCAUGGGUGCCAAUGUAUACAAGAUGGAUGAUGCCGAGGGCAGACAUUAUGAAUCCAAAAUGGAGCAUCGGGAAAAUGUUCGUCCAUAUUUCAUGAAGGGAAUGAGUAAGUUAUCACUACCGGUUUCAUCCACAGACUACAACAUUAGAACCAUCCAUAAUAAACAGUACCAUAAUGACAUGCAUGAAAAUAUUGCUCAGAAGCUUAUGUUUGAAAGGUUACAUAUUACUGCUUCAUCCACCGCCUCAGCAAUUAAAAACACAUGCUACCCGGAACCGCAUGGAAGUGCUGUGAGAAGUGAUAGCGUAGUAUCGUUUCAACAUUUAAAGAAUGUUCUAAGAAUCAAAUUACCUGCCAUUGUUGACACAUGUCAGCCUUACGGACGUAGUUUUUAUCUCCUAUUUUUCCCCCCAGGGAAAUUUGAAAAGUACGAAAUCAAGUGGUCCAAGUUUGAUCAAAAAAGCAAAAAAUGGAUAGAAAUAUUCAAGUAUGACGUAACCGAUCCUGAGCGGCAAACAUCAGUGCUGUUCACGAUGAAGCCUGAAAGAGACAACGACUAUUUCAAUUACUCGCGAAGCCGAGCGAGAGGCAGAUAUCGCGCAUAUGACAAGGCCUACUUCGGUAACUAUUUCGCCGGAAGUCACGUGUUAGAUAUUGAGAGGGUGACAGCCGCUGAUCUUGGUACAUACAAAGUCGAGGUGUAUAAUCGUGUAAGAUCGGUUGGAAACGCAGCUAUUAUCGAGCUGCGACACGAAGACGAACCUCGCAUUUCACUUCCGGAAACAUUUGGUGCAUGCAUGAAAACACCUCUUAAAAUGAAUGUAGAAAUGCCGGAGAGCAGCUUCCGGUACCCAAGCCCCUGGAGUGUCAAUUGGUAUCACGUACGGACUCGAAAGGGCAAGCGGCAUCGAACACUGAAAGUCAAGAACUCUGCUACUUUGACGGUGGCUAACCCUCUUCCAGAGCAAACAGGAGAGUUGUACGAGGCAGAUGUCCGAAAUCCGUUCGGGCUCGCUAGAGGAGCGACACGAAUGGUGGUCACUGAAGACGUGCCUUUCAUCACCUGGGUGACGCCCUCUCCUCAUUUGGCAGCCAAGGAUGUAAGCGACUUGCUGGAAGUCAAAAUCGAAAAUGAUAAGACACUUGUAACGGUUGAUUGGUAUCACAAUGGUACUCUUAUUGACAGGACGACCGAUGGAUUCACAUUCCCAGGGGAAAAGUAUGGCUCCUCUUCAUUCAGAAAGAAGCUUAAAUUGGCGCGGAUUAAUUUUAACACCGCUGGGACAUACAGGAUUGUGGCAAGAGGAAAGUAUUGUCAAUUUGAGAAGAAAGUGGAAGUCCGAGUUAUAAUUAGGCCAAGGUUAAUAGCUGAGCCACAUGCUGUGUACAAGAGAGUAACCGAGGGUGAAAAUGAAAUAAAAAUGAACGUUACAGUCAAGGGUGGUCAACCCAAACCACAGCGUGAAGACAUGGGCUGGAAGAAAAGUGGGAAGCCGCUGACCCCUUCACGAUACGGGCGUGUUAUACUGUACACGACUCUAAACAAGCAGGAAGAUUGGUUCACUGCUCUUGUUAUAAAAGAUCUGAAGGAAUCAGACUCAGGCGAUUACACGUUCACUGUCAAAACAGGACCAGCGGUAACAACAGUCACAAGAAGUUUGCUUGUUUUGUCCAAGCAAGGUCAGUUGUACUAAAACACCCUUCAUUUCUAAUAGUGAUGAUUGGAUUUAAAAUCAAUUUUCUCCAACUCAGGGUAUAUUUGCGACAAUCAGUUUUCCGCUGGUAGCACAGCUGUUCCAGUUACGUUCAUUUGGUGGGUGUACUGUCUUUUCUUUCGAAACAACACAAAUCAGUAUGAAGA